GUUUCCGCUUCCGUCCCCCCCCCCAACCCUCCGGCGUAGGUCCGGAACACAAAACACUAACGCGGCUUCUAACUGCGAAAUCCGUCCUCAAGGCCGUUGAGCCGGAGAGCCCACCUUGAGUUGCGCGGGCGCAAACUGCCCGGGCCUCGCUCGCUGGAAAAGGCUGGAGGGGGGCUUGGGACGGUCCGCCAGAGGGGUCCGGCCGGUCGCUGCUCCCCCCUCCGUCCUUCCUUCCCUCCCUCCGUCCGUCCAGCCAGUAGGAGAGGAACCGCUUGGGAACCCAGGCUUGCUGACAUCGGCGAACGGGAGAGGGCGGCGCGGGGCAGACGUGCGUCCCCUCACGCAGGGCCUUCUCUCUCCUCAGGCCUGCUAGAGGCACCGCCAGUCGCUGGGCCCGCCCUCGCCGCCCGGUUGUUGUUGUUGUAGCGGCAGCGGCGGUUCCGGCCCCUGGGUUUGACUCGGACGCACGGCAAGGGUGGUAGCGUGUGACAUCUGAGGAGGAAAAACGUGGAUAAGCUUGAAUCUUCUUAAUAGAACAUAAAAGGUGUGGAUCUUAGUUGGAUGGGCAGAACGUCUGCUAAGGGGAAUGAUAAAAGUUCUGUCAUCUAAGUUACUACUGAACAGUGAUCCUGAUGUUUUUUUUCCACUAUACCACGAGAAGGUUGGUUUCUCAAGUUUACUGUGGACUUAAACCUGCUUCAUCCAAGAAACAAAGGACCUGCUUUGAAAUGGCAAGACCUAGUUCAAAUAUGGCUGAUUUUCGAGAAAUGUUUGCUAAAGCGAAGCAUAUCGCCAUUAUUACUGGGGCUGGUGUUAGCGCAGAGAGUGGUGUUCCAACCUUCCGAGGUGCUGGGGGCUACUGGCGGAAAUGGCAAGCUCAGGACCUGGCUACCCCAGGUGCUUUUGCCAAGAACCCCUCUAGGGUGUGGGAGUUUUACCAUUAUAGGAGGGAACUUAUGAUGACUAAACAUCCAAACCCAGCACAUAUUGCCAUAGCAGAGUGUGAGGCCAGACUGAACAAGCAAGGCAGAAGUGUUGUGGUCAUCACACAGAAUAUUGAUGAGCUCCACAGAAAAGCAGGAACAAAGCAUCUCUUAGAAAUUCACGGUAGUUUAUUCAAAACGCGAUGCACUAGUUGUGGAAAUGUGACAGCAAAUCACAAGAGUCCAAUUUGUCCUGCUUUGGCUGGAAAGGGUGCUCCAGAUCCUGAUGCAGAAGAUACCAGAAUUCCUGUGGAAGAUCUUCCUCGAUGUGAAGACUGCAAUGGACUUUUGCGUCCUCAUGUUGUGUGGUUUGGUGAAACAUUGGAUUCUGAUGUCCUUACAGAAGUUGAAAAAGAACUUGAGAUAUGUGACCUUUGUUUGGUGAUUGGUACUUCUUCUGUAGUAAAUCCUGCUGCUAUGUUUGCUCCUCAUGUGUCUGCCAGAGGAGUGCCAGUUGCAGAAUUCAACAUGCAAAGCACUCCAGCAACAGAUAAGUUCAGGUUCCAUUUCCAAGGGCCCUGUGGCACUACAUUGCCUCCAGCACUUGCUCGCCAUGAAACUGAACUAAUCUCAUGAGCAUUUAUCAGAAGCAUGGAGAAAACGGGGCAGGGUGCAGAUGUGGAAAACUCAGAAGAAGUAGAAGACAUCUUCCCUGUAACAGAGCAAUAGGAUACCAGGAUCUCAGUGAGCAAAAUAAAUCAUGGUUCUCCAACUGAUCAUAAGAAUGAGCCGGGGAAAAGAAUUAUCAUGGACAGGGACACUUGAAAAGCAUUUAGUUUUGCUGGAUAAAAUAUAUGUAAAAGGAAAGCAUAACAAGCCUAGAAAUUCAAACACUGAUAACUUGAGAACACAAAUAACAUCUUGUUACAAUCAUAUGGUAUGUUUGGCAAAUUUUAAACAUGGAAGGACUUCACCAUUACUGCAUAUCACACAAAGUCAUUUUCCAGAACUGGUGUAAAAUUAUCCUUUUUAAAAAUGGAAGAGAAAAUAACCAAAUUGUCAAAUAACAGGUUUUAAUAGAGCAUACACUCCAGUAUUUUUGCAGGAAAACAAAAUGUAGUGGUGUUUCUCAUGAGAUUGUUCAGUGCACUCACAGAAAAGGUUCAGGUUUGAGAUAAUGCCUCUGAUGACUGCCUGAGAGAAUCAUUGAAGGAAGAAUCACAGUAUCAAAUCAUCCAUAUGCAUAGCACAUAUUCUUGGUUUCUUUUGCUUUCAGACUCACAUGAAUACAUUUCUGGGUUGAUCACGGUCAUUUAUUUCUCUUCUUUUGAAAGGUGCAAGUUAAAAUGGCUGGCUGUAUUGUUGCAAAACUGUUGUUCCUGAUCAAAACUCCGGCUCUUCACUACAAUGGUACUGAUAAAAUUGAUCAAUAUUUAUUUAUCAAUAUUUAUUGAAGAAUUUGAGCAACUGAGAAACAGAAUGGAACUCAGUCAUUAAUUAUUACGAAAGACAUGUUUCUUCCUUUUGAUUUCAGUAUAGAUCCAGAUUUUCCAUCUUGUAGUUUAAUGUUCAACAUAUAUUCAUAGGGUAGGAUGACAAGCAGUUCCUACCUUGUCUUGAGGGAAUGGCUUGGGGAAAUCAAUCUUUCUGCUUCCUCCUUCUCUCUGCAACUCUCUGUGCCUUAAAAAAAACUGGUAUGGAAAGCUGGAGCACUAUGGCAGGUGGAAGUGGUGAACAUUAUCUCCCUGUUUCCUUUCUUAGUCUGGAAUCUCCAUUUUUUCCCCAGUACCUUUCGCAAAAUCUGGGGACAGCUUAUGGUAUUUUGGAAUGAUUAGAAUAUUUAGUUAUCACUACAACUAUAUUCUAAUGUGAGAAACUAAUGCCAGCAAUUAUUAAGGAGGUGUUAUGAGUGAAUUCUGUUGCCUUGUUCACACACAUUAUUUCUUUUCUGUGUGAACUGGAAUAAACUUUGUAAUAGGUGAAGGUAAUAUAUUUCUAGAAACUGAAAAACUCUGAAGUUUACACCUGUACUUUUUCUUAAUUUUUUUUGUUACCAAUGUUCAUGUUAAUACUUUUGAAAUUUUCAUCAUUAAUCUGCUCUCAAAAGUAAUGUUUUUGAACUUGAGGAACAUUUGAUCUACAUAAAUUAUGAAUAACACAGGCUAACUUUAAUUUGAAUGAGGUGAGGGCAAGUGAUACAUAUAUCAGACCACUAAAAGUUCCUACACAGAAGAUAGCUUUUGAUCCAUGCAGAUCUUCAUCAGGCUGGGCAUGGAAGGUCUGCAUGUAUGGUGCAGAAAAACAAAACAAAACAAGUUCCAAAAUCAAUGGCUAUAUGUGUAGGCCAGGCUUCUCUGCUUAAACCACGUUUCACUAUUAGCUCUUCAGUCUCAAGAGGUAUAAAUUCAAAUUCUAUAUCUGGUGGUGUGAAUGGGAGUGUUCCUUCCCAUUCUUGCAGACACGGGCCUGCAGUCACUCUGCUUUCCCUACCCCCUCUGAAUGCCAAGUCAGAACUGUGUGUUUCAGUGUAAAGAAAUGGAAGAACCGGGAGAGCUGAGUGACUGCAGACGCCAAGAAUUAGAAAUUGGCCCUAUAUCAAAACUCAUGGUUCCUUUUUGGCUGGGAAUAGAGGCACACAGAAAUGUGACAAAACCGAUAUCAGAUAAGUUAGGAUAAAAGCUGUUGAAACCCAGAACCUUAAUGGCCACAUUAGGAACUAAUCCUGCACGCCCAGCUUUCUUGUAUUUCUUGUUGUCUUAACAAGAGGCAUGAAAAAUACAGAGAAAUAACCUAUCUAGGAAUGUAA